AAGGAAUGAGAAUACGAAUAAAACUAGCACACGAAUAAAGCUACGAAAACUAACAGUGUAGAAGCGAACUCCAGAAAAAGAACGAAAAGAAGAAAGAUGAACUUGAACAAACUUAUUGGUGUUUGGAUGAUCGCCUAUUUGGUGGUUACUGUGGUAACAGGUGUUCCGGCGCGUGAUAGAAAACUUGACCGAUUCAUCGGCAAUCGUUUACGCAACCUACAGAGGACCACCGUGUCUGCGUUUGCUUGUUAUAAAGAUGCUCACGGCUUCCGGAGCUCGCAUCGUGGGGGGCCUCUGUGGAACAACCUGAAGAAGAUGUUACAUCAUCAGCCUCCAAGCGCGCAAACUGAGGAGUUAAAGCGUCUUGGGAGCUGUUUAGUGUGGUUAGAAACCUUGAGAAAACCUUUGGAAACUGUUCGACGCUCGGACGAAACAGAAUUCCCAUGCGGUGACUCUACCCUCACAAGACGUCUAGACGACGUCCAGAACAUUGUCGACACUCUCAUCGCUUUGUAUAAAACCUACAAGCCUGUCAGGCCAUCUCCACCUCACAAGCCAAUCAGUAUUUCUAAGCUCAAGAAUUUAGCUAAGAAUGACGCCGCAAACCUUGAUAUUGGACCAGCGAAUUUGCAGGGAUCGCAAAGGGGGAUAGCCGUCAAAUACCUCGUUAAUCUCGAGUUACUGGACCUUGUGACUGAAGCCGCCAAUAGGAUGCAGAAUUACUGCGUCCCUUCAGCACAUGCUGCGCCUAAUGUAUCCUGACAGAUCAAAACUCCAAUCCAGACGUGCGCGGCUUCCUAAAACAUAAUACUUCCUAGAACAUCGAGACUCACGUCAGAUGCGCUGCACUUCUUAGCAUAGUAGAAGAACCUCUCGAUCUACUCCAAAGUCUUUUCAGGCAGAAUAGGCUUCCGUUAGACCAUAGCUGUAGCUGACCUCGGAUUAUUGUGGGGGGAGGGGGGCACGAUACAGAAACUUAAAAAAACAAUGGGGGUCACAGGCACGUCCCUACUGGUCAUUUCCUUCAAAUUUUUGUAAAUAUUGGGUGGGGGUGCACGUGCCCCACCCCCGGCUACGGCCCUGCAGACAUACAAUGCGCAUGCGCUCCCAAAAUCAUGCCCCUAACGACUCAAACGUUUCCGAAGGGAUUUGGAAGGUUUAAGGGAAGAAUGUCUCAUUUUUUUAACGUUACACAAUGCAAAUGCAUUUGCGCAUGCUUUUCAAGUAUAGCAGUAGAUACAAAAGAUUUUUGAGGCUGGG